CGAUAGCAUACGGCAUCCUACACCAAUCACAGGAACGCAAACUCGUUCAAAAAGCAGCUCGAUAGAAAUGCCAACAGGUUGCGCGCAGAAAGCGCGUCAAGCACCAAGCUCAGCAGGAGCUGACCCUCAGGACGACAGGGGAGAAUUAGCUCUGCUGCACCUUCUUCGAGAUGUCGACAAGAGACUUGAAGGCACUGGUACCGCUGUCGAUCGUUAGGCUCUGAUACAAAACAGAAAAAGUCCACAGAGCCCUACAUGUGUGUCCUCUUCUCUGACCUGUCUGCGGCCCGUGGGUUGUUCCGUUGCAGAGACGUAAAGGAUACCGUCGGCGUCGAUCUCCAUCGCCACCUCAAGUUUUUCCCCCUGGAUGCCGGUAAAGGCGAAUUCGCCCAGCAGAUUGUUAUCGCUUGCCUUCUCGUGCUCGCCUUCGUACACCUUGAAGUACAUCUGCGAAGAUGUGGACACACACAGGGAGAUAUACAGAGAUACGGCGGGCGCUUCGUCGCGAACGUCUCACCUUUGUGGCGCCUCUCGCAUGGAAGACCUUUGAUUUCUUGGUCGGGAUGGUGCUGUUCCGCUCGAUGAUGCGUACGACGGUGCCAGAAUCGCACGCUGAGUUCAACCUCGCUUCCAUAUCGCGUCCAUCACGGACUUGUGCAUCAAGGCCGAGAGAGAGAGGCGUGACGCUGACGAGGCGGCUCUGUGCAAAUGUAAAAAAAAAAGACACAAGCCUCAGAGGGUUGCACAGAUUCGCAUCCAUGGAAUCACAUUCGCUUUGAGGGUUGCCUCUCACCAGCCGUGCCAGCUGUGCCUCGAGGGCCCUUAUCUUGCCAGGCAUGUCUGUCUUGUUAUCGCCCUGCCUCUCAAGAGCGUCCAAUCGCCUCUGCAUGGCAGCGUGCGCAGCUUGCCAUGGUUCUUCCUUCGACAUGAUCUGCAGCACACGUACAUGCCAUGUGCGCAGGUCAUGUCAACUCUAUUGCAUACCUUUGUUGAGAGAUCCGCUGUCAGUGAGGCUCAAGCGAUGCUCGCGACGCCUUGCCUGCCCUCAAAAGGAACAGAUCCGGC